CAAAUGGGAAACCUCCUAAAUCCAAGCUGUUUUCCAGAAGAACCCAAAACUCCAUAAAAGUUAUAUUCACACCUCUCUCUCUUAUCUCAAAUCUUAUAACCAUUACAAAAUAAAAAACAUAUAAUCACCCAGAAAGCUAAAGAAAACUUUUCCUUUUUUUCCCUCACGAAAUCUCAGAAGAUGAUAUAUCUAUAAAAGUAUCAUCUCAUAGAUUCCAUCUUUUCUAUUACAUGGAGAAUAAGAAAGAAGAGGAUCAUCAUCAUCAUCAACAACAACAACAACAAAAGGAGAUCAAGAACACAGAGACAAAGAUCGAACAAGAACAAGAACAGAAACAAGAAAUCUCUCAAGCAUCAUCAUCAUCAAACAUGGCGAAUCUAGUUACGUCAUCAGAUCAUCAUCAGUUGGAGCUAGCUGGAAAUCUCUCAAGCAUCUUCGAUACUUCAUCUUUACCUUUUCCUUAUUCUUAUUUCGAAGAUCACUCUUCUAAUAAUCCCAAUUCUUUCCUCGACUUGCUCCGACAAGAUCAUCAUCAAUUUGCUUCUUCCUCUAAUUCCUCUUCUUUUUCAUUCGAUGCCUUUCCUCUUCCCAACAACAACAACAACUUUUUUACGGAUUUGCCCUUGCCUCAAGCUGAGUCAUCAGAAGUUGUGAACACAACACCGACUUCUCCAAACUCAACCUCAGUCUCAUCUUCCUCUAACGAAGCUGCAAAUGAUAACAACAGUGGAAAAGAAGUUACUGUUAAAGAUCAAGAAGAAGGAGAUCAACAACAAGAGCAAAAGGGUACUAAGCCACAGUUGAAGGCAAAGAAGAAGAACCAGAAGAAAGCUAGAGAAGCUAGGUUUGCGUUUCUGACGAAGAGUGAUAUUGAUAAUCUUGACGACGGUUAUAGGUGGAGAAAAUACGGCCAAAAAGCUGUCAAAAACAGUCCUUAUCCCAGAAGCUAUUACCGUUGCACCACAGUGGGUUGCGGAGUGAAGAAGAGAGUGGAGAGAUCCUCCGAUGAUCCUUCAAUCGUCAUGACAACCUACGAAGGUCAACACACUCACCCUUUCCCCAUGACUCCACGUGGACACAUCGGAAUGCUGACAUCACCAAUCCUAGAUCACGGUGCAACCACCGCGUCAUCAUCAUCAUUCUCCAUCCCUCAGCCACGUUACUUGCUGACUCAACAUCACCAGCCCUACAACAUGUACAACAACAACUCUCUAAAUAUGAUCAAUAGAAGCUCAUCCGAUGGUACUUUCGUAAAUCCAGAGCCAUCAUCAUCAUUCCCCGGAUUUGGUUAUGAUAUGUCACAAGCUUCUACAUCAACUUCUUCUUCCAUUAGAGAUCAUGGAUUGCUUCAAGAUAUUCUUCCUUCGCAGAUCAGAUCCGAUACUAUUAACACUCAAACCAAUGAAGAGAAUAAGAAAUGAGCAACUUUUUUUUCCCGGGGCAAUUGUUUUUUUUUUUCUUUUGGCCGGAUCCGGUUGAUAGGUCUCAUGAGGAGUUUUUGGCCGGUUUAGGUAAACCGAUGUUGCUGGCUUUCUAAUGUCUUUUCUUCAUUACAUUUAGCAUCGGCUUUGUUUAAUCACCACAAAAUAUACAAUCGACGCUAAGUAGGAACAGAGGUUUGUAGCAUAUGUGAUAUAGGUAUAACUUCAUUUUUUUUUUGAGUAUUAAUAAAGAUGUAUCGUUUACUUUUUAAGACUUCGGAGAGAGAAGAGUUUAAUCAAGUUAUAUAGUAUGUAUUUAGUUGUAUUA